AUGACGCUAUCAUGCCAUCCCGAGAACCAAGCCUUCAUGCUGCGCUUCCAGGAUAUGCGCGACACUGCUAGGAGUCGAGGGCAAACGAAUCUGGUCCGAUCAUAUGGGAAGAUCAUCCGAGCUAUAACGAAAUACCCGAUGCCUAUUACCAGUGGUUGGCAGGCUGAGCAGCUCGACGGUGUCGGCAGUACCUUCGCGCAGGUUUUCGCCCAAUUGAUCACCGAAAAGGAAGCGUCUACGUCUCCGAGGAGGUCAUCGUUGACGUGGCGGGAUACGGUGAAGAGCCGUGCAGAGAAGUUCCAACGGAAUGCACCAACUGCUACAUUCGCAGUUCACGAAGACAUCGAAAUGCCGGCUAUCACUUCGAAGCUCCGCCAAAAGGAGUACCGUCCUGCGAAUGGUAGCAUUCAAUGGUGUAUCUUACUCGCUCUGCAGCUGUGUCACGACAGACUACCAAUAGAGUCCCGGGAGGGGCUCACUCGGAAGCAACUUAGUGCCUGUUGUUCGUCAAUUCAAGACGUUGCUCGUUCCUUCUCGUCGGUCGAGCAAGAAACGAAUGGCUGCUCUAAGGAGAAGGAAUACACCCUCACACAGACUGGCGAGCUUCUCGGCCAACGGAUAUUAGCAUCUGUUGAGUUCCCUCUAGCAGCACUGAGCUCCAUACGUUGCAGCGCAACAGGGAGUGAAUCCACCCAGACCAGGAAGCGGCGACGACUUUCCUACACGGGAGCCCCCGUGCCCGAGAGCGAUCUUGCCCAAUAUCGUUACCCCGGCAGCCAACAACUCUCCACCAUUCCGGAGUCGCUACCCCUCGCUCGUGCAAUGCCAGGAUCGUGGGAGGCGGUUUUCCUCGUUGAUGUCCGCGAGAGUGCUCUGCUUAAAGAGCUGUUAGCCCUCGGGAUACGGGCUGAGGCUCGGAGCCUUCCUAUAACCGAUUUCUUAUGGCUUAUGCGGCGAUCGAGUGAUGGCAAGGAGCUUCUUCUCGGAGUCGGCGGCGAACGCAAGACGUGGCAAGAUCUGAGUGCUUCAAUUAUUGACGGGCGUUAUGACGAACAGAAAUACCGCCUGGCAUCAAAAGCCACUGCUCUACGCCGCAUCUUUUAUCUCAUUGAAGGAGACGUAGAGCGAAGCCACGGCUAUGCGAAGACUCUCCCGAGUGCGACCUUGCGAACAGCACUCUGCCACACUCGAGUCAUUGGAGGCUUCGGUGUUGUGAAUACUCCAUCAGUCCGUCAGUCUGCUAAACUACUCGCUGAUAUGCAUAACAUCAUUUCUCGACAACCAUGGGUCGAUGAAGGUAACUCCACUACGUACGAGUCGUUUGCCUCCUCGUGUGCGAAAACCGUUGGCAUCACAAUUCGUGAUCUAACAGGAGCUAUGCUCAGACAAGUCCCUGGUUGCGGUGCCGAAGCCACGAAAGCCUUGUUAGAAGUAACGGAAAAGCGUACGAGUGGCGUUACUCCGGGCGGCAUCCGAAGCCUCUUGCAGAGUAUGGACGAUGCUUCCAUUAUACAGGCAGCGAAGCUCGAAAGCAGCAGCAACCGUUCCCCUAUGAUUGCGAUUGAACAUCAUUAA